GAGUGCAAAAUUUAAGGGAGUCUGAAUACUUUCCGUAGCCGCUGUAACUGUUAAAUGGAGUGUACUAAUAUAGCGUUUUAUCUACACCAUCACGGUGCCGAGAGCGCUUUACAGAUCACACAUUCACCCAUUCACGCACACAUUCAUACACCAGUGGGUUGCUGGUUCCGCUGGGAGUAAUUUAGGGUUCAGUGUCUUGCCCAGGGACUACGGCAGCGGAGAGUCGGAGCCGGGAUUUGAACCAUUCAGUCACUGGGCGACCCGCUCUACCAACUGAGCCACAGCAAUGUCGUUGUGAAUCAUUGUUGCUCAUUCCCUACUCCAUAAUCAGUAGACUCCACUAGAUUUUUGUCUAGUGGACCGAGAUAGUUCCACCACGAGAAAUACCUUGAUAGUGGUGAGGGAGUUGGGCAUGAGUGAAUCAUUCUCAACGCAGUCUGAUUAAACUUUGUAGUUGACACAUCAGUAAAGCGCCAUGGAGCUCCUCAAGUCACUUCAACAUUGUUCUCCUUGGCCCCAAUAUGCUACAAAACGUUGCCAAAGCCCUACAUGAUGUUUCCCAAGUCACUUAAAAACAGAACAAGCGUCAUUACCUCGUGUAGCGUGACGGAAUCAAAGAUUGCCGAUCUGGCAUCUGGGACGCAUCGUGACCACGACUCAGUAAGUCUGGCACGUCAGGCAUUUUUCUUUUGUUUUGUUUUUUCCGCAUAGUGACGUCCUGUACUGGUCCUUUGAUAUGUUCCUUCACAUUCACCAAUAGGAAGACAGAGCGCCCUCCAUCACUUCGGAGGUGGACAAAAAGGAAAGGAACGUGCUGUAUCGACAUUUUGCAAACAUACUUCUCUCACUUCACUAGAGUAGGCUACACAUUCCCUCAUCCUUACUAUUUUCCCCCUCCCGUUUAUAGUGAAGCUGAUAGCAAACGUUAGCUCGAAGCUAUUAGCAAACAUCAAGGUGUUCCCAAAUGUGUUACUUCAAGUUCUGCUUGGAGGAUAGACAGCCAUACUCCCCUCUCCCGCCAUCCAGGAACGAGUCCAAAGUCUCUUUUCCCUGUCCGAGCAAAGGAUAGCCACCAUGACACAAAGUGCCUCCGUUGCCAUGACAGAUUGACAGCUGCUUUUGACCUGUGCCCCCGCGGACCGUGCUCUCGGCCACAGCACACGAUGGUCCUUGUCAUACUUGCACACGCUCGCCUGGUACAAGAGACAGAACAAAUUUAUGACACCGUGUCUGGCAGUCUGAAGACCGUCGUGAACAACAAAAAAAGGUUGUGUAGUCUGAGCUUCGCCUUAGUUCCUUGGUUCCAAGAUGCUUGAAGAUGGUGGCAAAGCGCUACCUGAAGCUCCUCAAAUCACGUCAACAUAAUUCCUCAGCACCAAGACAGUGCCAAAGCACUACAUGAAGCUCCUUAACGCACUCCAACAUAGUUCCCUGGCACCGAGAUGGCGGCAAAGCGCUACACAAAGCUCCUCAGCUCACUUCAACAUAGUUCCAUAGCACCGAGAUGGCACUGAAUCACUAAAUGAAGCUCCUCAACUCACCUCAACAUAGUUCCUUGGCAAAAACAUGGCCCCAAAGCACUGCUUUGACAUUGAACGGUGCUUUGGCUUGAAAACCAAAAAAAGCGACUUCAGCAAACAACAGAGAAUAGGUUAAAAAAAAGAGGUACAUUUCAAAUACGUGAGGGAACACCAGAUGCAUAUUUUUGCACCGUGACCCAUGAAUUUGUCUCGUGGUGAAAUGUAAACAACACUAUGGAAACCUGAUUCUGUAUCUGCGCAAAGAAUCAUGGGAUAUAUUUACUUUUUCUCGUUACCAAUGCUUCGGUACAAUCAAGAUACAUGGUGGGAUACAUUGAGGGCACUAGAUAGAGGAUUUUUACACACUAUAGUGGACCUAGGACCUAGGUCCACUAUAGCGUGUCGUUAUUCGGGAGUCGGGAAUGAGUGAAUGAUCACUGCGUUCGAAAUCGUUCACUCAUCGGGAUUCAAGACCCAUUGUGGGAUACAUUUCUAGCCGACUUGCUAUAUCAGCCACUAUAUAUAGUUGAUAGGAAGGGAUUCCCAACACGGACAUCUCGGCCUCAUCGUGCUUGGCUUUGAUGACAUCAUGAUGUUAUCAGAACCUGCUCAGAAUUUGGGGGUCCAAGGCCUCAUAACGCUCGCACCUUCUCCUUUGUGUUACAUCAUCGACAUUUGCCGCCAACGUGCGGGGGGGCAAGGCCAGCGACGGGGACGUGAGGGAGAGAGUAAGAGAGACUCUCCAGACUUUGUAUAAAUUCCUGUUUUUAUCCGAAAAACAUUCCAUGGAUUCUCAUGCAUGCGUGACACGCUGCUGGGAUUCUUCGGUGACGUCAGCAUGUGCGUGCGUGCGUGCGUGCAGUUUUUGUAUAUCAACAUUGAAUGUGCUCAAUGAUGAAUUUAACCUGUACUUUGUAGCUCCCCUCAGUGGUCCGCUAAUAUGGAAGUAUAUAUGUGCCAGCUUCGUUUGAAUUUGAAUUUCUGACACUGAGUUUGUUCACCAUCAAUAUAUUCACAUUGGAAAAAUUCUACGUAAAAAAACAAAAAACGCCAACCUCUUCAAAAGUUCAGUGUAAAAUAAUUCAACAUCUCGAAAAUUCAACAUCCAAAAAUUCAACUUCUCAAAAAAGGUUAGUGUAGAAAAUGUGUAUGUUUUACUUCUCAAAAACAUUGUGUAAAAAAAAAAAAAAAAAAAAAAAAACUAAUCAUCUGCAAAAUUCUGUGUAAAAAUUUCAUCUCCCAGAAAUUUGGUAUAAAAUAAUUCAACGUCUAAAAAAAAUCAGUGUAAAAAAGAUUUAAAAAGAAAAGAAAAGCUCACUGUAAAAAACUGCAAACUAAAUUUCUGUGUUAAAAAAAAAAUCAACAUUUAAAAAUUAUUUCUAAAAAAAAUGAAAACUCCCCAAAAAUCUAAUCUAAAAAAUUAUUUUUUUUCUCAAAAUUAAAAUGUAAAAAUAUCAUCUCCAAAAAAUGUGUGUAAAAAAAAGUAAACAUCUAAACAAUUAAGUGUAAUAAAAUCUCAAAAUUUCAGUGUAGAGGUGCAGCGAUUGGCUACUAAUUGAUGAUGAAAUUAAUAAACUAUUGUGAUAAUUGAUUCAUCAUUUAGAGACCUUGUCUAAAUGAGGAUGAUCCAAAUUGUCAGAAUUUCAGCUUCUCAACAAUAUUGUCUGAGUCGUGAAGUCCUCCUUGAAGGAAUUAAAGUAAGACAUCUGCUUUUACUUUGGAAAACAAUGAUCAACAUUUUUGCCCAUUUUCUGACGUUACGGGCCAAACCAGCGACUGAAUCAUAAUCAAUUUAUGUUUGUGCAUUUUCUACACUCAGUUUGAAAUAAUGUCCUGUUUUUGAAUCAAGGCAUGGAAUUAUUAUAAUUUUUUUAAUCAGAUUAAUUGGGGAAAAAAGAUGAAUCAGUGAUCAAAAUAUUCAUUGGUUGCAGUCCUAAUUCAGUGUAAAACAAUCAAUAAAAAAAAAAUCAAGAUUCCAGUGUAACUAAUCGAAUCAAAAAUCAACGUCUAAAUUGAAAUGGGAACACAGAUGGCCCGGAUACGCUUCCAUCCAGUACUGUAAUCCCUUUUCCGUGCUUGUGCAUAAAGAUGCCCGUUGAGUGUAUUAAAUGCAGGAAAGUGAACUUUGUACGUCGUCGAUGUUGCUGCGUUUAGCGUGACGUACCUUCACGCCUCGAUGACCGGAAGCACGAAUCAUUUUUAGUUUUCAAAAUAAAAGCUACCUAUGAAAUAAAUGUAUGAAUUUAAGCGGAAUGGUUUGCAAGUACAGUAAUGUUAAAUUAGCUCGUGUUAAUUUUGCUGCCCAGUGAAAAUAAACAAUAAGUAAACAUGCUAACAUAGAGGAAUGUGAUAGUUUCAGGCCAAUGUGGGCAAAAUAAUCUCAUCCUUUCAUUUGUGUCCCUUUUUCAGUAUCAGCUGUAAUGUUAUGUUAUUUUCAUAAAAUAACCGAAGGAGCAGCAGCAGCAGCAGCAGCAGCUCCCCUCCCCCCGCUUGGGCUUUUCCGUGCCCGGCUCCUCCUCCUCCUCCUCCUCCUCCUCCUCCUCGGUCGACAGGAGCAAGGAGCUACCUCGCAGCAGGCUGGAGCGGCGUCCGCUUCCGUCGGCCACCAGGCUACAGCAGCUGCUUCCACUUCUCCUUCUUUCCUUCAUCUUGUCCAACAAAUUGAACGAGCGCUGACAAGCUAGCUGCACGGCUCUCAUCGUCCCCAAACUCUUCUGUUUUUUCCCCCCGCCAAAACUCUUGACGUCUAUGGUCGCUCUUGCGUUGAGUGGCCUUUCGUGUGAGCGUGUAGUUUGAAGCAACUUGAUGGGAAUUGCGUUGUUUUUCCUUAGUAUGUAGGUCAGUGUCGCCGAGCGAUGCGAGGAUGUGGGUCAUCGCCGCUUAGCCUCCUUGCCAGUCCCGAUAGCUGCUUAACAACACAGCCAACUGUUAUUUUUUUGUAUUUUGUUUUCACGGUUAACUGUUCGCUCAUAUUAACCCAGCUAAGUGUUAGCUCCUUAGCAACACGGCUAACUUAUCUUUUUAAUUUGUGUUUUACAGCUAGCUGUUAGCGCCUUUGCAACACAGUUAACUGUGAACUCCGACUUACACGACUACGUGUUAGCUCCUACCCGAUAACAAAUUGACUUUUGAGUAUCAUACUCGUUAAAAAAAAAAAAUAAUUAUAUAUAUAUAUUUAUAUAUGUAUACUUUUUUUUCCGCCUUUGGACUCUGGCGCUCUCUAGUAUUAGUGGGCUAGCAUUUAGCUCGCUUCGUUCCGAGGCGUCCGUCGACUGAAGUGUUUCUUUUAGUUAUCAUCAAACGCACUUUGAACUUUUUUUCGCGUGUUUAAAUGUAAGCCGCGUCCACGGCGGCGCCUUGGCGGACGUGGCGGGUCAUGUCCAGCUUGCAGCCGCGGCGACUCCGCGUCUAGCCGGCCAGCAGGAGGACCGCCGGGCUCCGAGGAUGGCCUUUCACGGCGCGGGGCGCCAGACGCUUUGCGGCGACUUGUUCUCCGGUUCUGACUUGGCCCAUAAGUACUUCUACGUGAACUCGUCGUGCGGAGCCCCCUCGGCCGCCCUCAGCGCCACCCCAUGCGUCAGCGGGCCACCCGCGGCCCCUGCCGCCGGGACCCCCAGGCACCCCACCACCCUGGGAGGCAACGCGGGCGGUGGGGCCGCCGUGCCGCAGCCGUACAGCAACCCGGCCAGCGAGGUGCCCACCCCGGCCGAGAUGGAGCCCGACCGGCCCAUCGGAUACGGAGCCUUUGGCGUGGUCUGGUCGGUGACAGACCCUCGUGAUGGCCGCAAGGUGGCGCUGAAGAAGAUGCCCAACGUCUUCCAGAACCUGGUGUCAUGCAAGCGCGUCUUCCGGGAGCUACGCAUGCUGUGCUUCUUCAAACACGACAACGUGUUGUCGGCGUUGGACAUCUUACAGCCGCCGCAGAUCGAUUGUUUCGAGGAGAUAUACGUGAUUACAGAGCUGAUGCAGAGUGACCUUCACAAGGUCAUCGUGUCUCCUCAACCACUCACCACCGACCACAUCAAGGUCUUCCUCUAUCAGAUCUUGCGAGGCCUCAAGUAUCUCCACUCUGCCGGGAUUCUGCACCGUGACAUCAAACCUGGCAACCUUCUGGUCAACAGCAACUGCCUGCUCAAGAUUUGUGACUUUGGGCUGGCCCGCGUGGAGGAGCCGGACCCGUCACGUCACAUGACCCAGGAGGUGGUGACGCAGUACUAUCGAGCGCCCGAGGUGCUGAUGGGCUGCCGCCACUACGGCUCGGCCAUCGAUGUGUGGUCGGUGGGCUGCAUCUUCGCUGAGCUUCUGGGACGCCGCAUCCUCUUCCAGGCGCAGAGUCCCAUCCAGCAGCUGGACCUGAUCACGGACCUGCUGGGGACGCCGCCGCUGUCCGCCCUGGCGUCUGCCUGCGAGGGCGCCCGGGCUCACAUCCUGCGAGGGCCGCAUAAACCCCCGUCAUUGUCGGUGUUGUACAUGUUAUCGGAUGGCGCCACCCACGAAGCGGUGCACCUGCUGUGUCGCAUGCUGGUUUUCGAUCCGGCCAAGCGCAUCUCGGGCAGCGACGCGCUGUCACACCCGUACCUGGAUGAAGGCCGCCUGCGCUACCACACGUGCAUGUGCCAGUGCUGCUACUCUGUGCCCAGCGGGCGCGUCUACACUAGAGACUUCGAGCCAGCCGCCGAGCGUCCCUUUAGCCACAGCUACGAGAAUAGCCUGCUGUCCGUGUGGCAGGGCAAAGAGCUGAUCCAUCGCUUCAUCACGGAGCACCAGCAAGGCAAGCGCGUCCCGCUGUGCAUCAACCCUCAGAGCGCCGCCUUCAAGACCUUCAUCAGGUCGACUGCCUGGCACUCAUCCAAGGUUUCCCGCAAGGAGGAGAGAUGAGCGUCCGUUCCUUCUUCCUCCUCCUCCUCCUCCUCCCUUUCUGGCCACCUCAACCAACCUCGAUGUCCGCUUUGCCCGCACGCCAACAAAAAAGCGUGUGGUGGCGACAGGCUCCGCCCACUGCGAUAGGGGUGCCACAGGUGCUGAUGAUGGAAAGAAAAAAAAUCUGCUGCUGCUCAAAAGGAAAAAAAAAAAAAAAAAAAGUUUAGUGAGUAGAAAUGUUGAUUUUCAUUUGUUGAUUUUCAUUCCACACGCUCCCAUGUAGCAGAGUGUAGUGUAGCGCCCCCUCCUGGUGUCCACGCACUCCUCGCACUCCUCACGCCUACUCUGCAGCAGAGCAUGCUGGGAAAUCUUUCAACUUCAUUCUUCCCUUGUCUUUUAUUUUUACGACAGGAAGCGGGGUGUGCGGUAACUCAACGUGUGUGUGUGUGUGUGUGUGUUUGUGUAAGUUAUUUGUAAGACUGGGCCCCAAUGAUGGCGUCGAACGCCACCUUCAGUGAUUCUCUGCCCACACCUGCCACUUCCACGGCAUUCCUCCGCUCUCACUUGUCUUAUCACUAGUUUUUCCUCUCUCGCCACUUCCUGCAAGUAUGGCAAGCCAUGUGAGCAUUUAUUUCUUAUAUUUGAAUUCCAGCUAAAGGUUCAUGUUCCAGUUCGCUCUUUGUCUUCUCCAGGAAGAAAAUUCAGGGCACUCGUCGACCAACUGUUUUACUAGUAAUGUUUUUUUCCACUGCUAGUGCCACUUUUGGCCUACUAGUACGAUCUUAAGCUUCAAUACUGAAGACAAUUGAGCAUUUAUUCAAUAUCAAAUAUCUCCAUCUGAGGGGCCAUUUACUAUUUCACUCUUGGUCCUCACUUGUAGGCCAAUUUUGGCAUACUAAUAGGACAACUACAUGAAGACUGGAGGCAAAACUGUAGUAAUUGACGACUGCAUGCGACUAGCACUACUAGUGAAACGCUCGAUGUUGAAUAGUAGGGCCAGACUGAUUCAUCAGUUGGCCGAUUUGAGCCCUUUUCAAAAUAUUACUCAUCGGCUGGAGUUUUGCAGAUGAAACUCCAAUGUUGUCUAUAUUUCUACAUUUUUCCACCUCAAAAACAUCUUCCUUCUCCGGCCAUCACUCUCUAAUAGCAUCGCCGAAGAACUCAUCCAUGCCUUCGUCAUCGGCCGUCUGGUCGACUGCAAUUGGGUUCUGUUCGGUGUACCCAGCAAUACCGUGGAGAGACUUCAGUCUGUCCAGAACUCUGCCUGCCAGGGUUCUCCCCCACACCAAGCCCUGGCAGCAAAUCACCCCAGCGCUUAUCCACCUUCAUUGGGUCCCCGUGGGAUUUUUGAUCUCCUACAAGCUCUUCCUCCCUCACCUACAAAUCCUCCACACCCAGGCCCCCCAGUAUCUAUUGGACCUCCUCUACCAAUAUGCUCUAUCUCGCAGCCUGCAGUCCUCAAGCGUGGGUCUGCUCACCAUCCCCCGCAUUAGCCAGAGCACCUUUAGGGACAAGGGCCUUCAGUGUUGCUACCCCCGCUCUCUGGAACUCUCUUCCCUCUGAGAUACGUGAUGCCCCGACCCUGGACUCAUUCAAAACAGCCCUCAAAACCCACCUGUUUGCCUCGGCCUUGGGCCCAUAGUGUUGUUAGCUAGUUGGUCAUGUCUUUUGUUUUGUUUUUGUUGUUGUUGUAUAAUCUGUAAAGCGUCUUUGGGUGUCCUGAAACGCGCUGUAUAAAUAUAAUUAUUUAUUUAUGAAUUUCUCAUGAAACAGUAAAUGCUGUUAAGUGUCA